AUGCGGAAGCAGCAGGUUGCAGGAACUCCAAGUCAACCAUUCAUUGCAGACCUAAAUAUUUGUAAAAAGGACAGUGCAGCCCAGCUUGGUACCCUCACAGAAGUAACUAAUGACUCAAAGGGAGCAGCAGGACCCCGCUGGAAGUUCCUGCGUAAUUCAAGAACCCCACCUUUUGUGGAGAAUGAGCAGUCUCAACCACCUCAGCCUCUGCAAAUCCAGAUCAGAUGCCUGAGGGGCCUUAAAGACAAGGCUCCUCCAGGCUCUUAUGUCCUCAAAGUGUCCGUGUCCCUGCUUGGUCGACUGGGAGGCUGUGUCUUGCAGUGGUGGCAAACGGAGCAACUAAAGACCAGAACACACUCCAUCAGGCACAAUGGAAACUUUUAUGAUGUGGGGGUGUAUUUCCACGAAAACCUUUAUGUGGUGCUCCCUCAAAAGAAAAAUGUGAGCCCUGGCAUGGCUUUCUUGUUUGAACUCUUUCUUCUUCAUGGAACAUACACUUGCCUGGACCGGGCUGUGGGCUGGGCAGUGUUCCCUUUGUGUAAUAACAACUUUGAUACAGUGGAGGGAAAAUUUAAGUGUCCCCUUCUCUGAGGACAUUAUGACCAGAAACUCGGUAACUUUAGGAAAAUUGAAGAUUUGAUUUGCCUGGACUUGGACCACUGGCUGUGCAAUCUCUAUUUUCAGGUCAUUAAACUUCCUUUGCAUUUUGAUGGUCAAAAAAAUCAUGAAAGCUAUACUCGACUUUCCCCUGAAUUUCCAGUUUGUCUAAUGGCUAAAGGAGAGAAAGAAGAAUCAGGAGUGGAUAAUACAGCUGGCCUUUCAGGGAAAGAAACACAGAAGAAUCCUUGUGCACCAAUGGAUGAGGCAGAAGUUAAAUCCGCAGUACACUCUUCUCAGGGGAGCAUUCCUAAAAAAAUCGGUCCCUGUUCUAUGGACUAUGAUCCCAAUCUCUUAAAAGAAGACGAUGAACUACACUCUCAGGUAGAAAGUAAUUUGGUCUUCAAAGCAGGUUUUGAAGUGUGGGAUGUGGAAGUAAUUGCUUGGGAAAGUAAGUUCUUCCCUGGGGUCCAGGCACAUUGGGAAGGUGUCUUCAUGCUGAAUGGCUUUCAGAGGCAGCACGUGCAUGUUGGGACUGCAUCUCAGCCCCGUCAGUGCUGUGGGAUGACAGAGCCAGGACACACCCAAGUUAUAAGCAACCAAGUGUUACGGGGAGAUAGCCUGACGGAUCAUUCUGUGAAAGGAAAAUCAACUGUUUGGAGAAUUGGAGAAGCUGAAGAUUAUUCACAGGGCAUAUCUUACUUGGAGGAACUGGAGGAACACCGAUUUUCUGUUUGCUGUUCUUCAGUUGCUGAUAGUAGAUCUGGAGACUUCUUCAAGCAUCUCCAUUUUGUGCUGGUAUCAGCGUCUUCAGAACUUCAGUUAUCUCAAUGGCAAAGCCAGGGCUUCUGGUACAUUAUACUGCUGAUGUUUUCUCUCUGGUUCCUGAGGCUCUACCUGCAUUACUUGGGCCAGUGGCUUUUCCUCCAGGCCAUUUCAACUCCUGUUACAAAAUUCCAUUUUUCUCUUCACACCGUUGAGCUUUGCUACCCAACUUCCUCACUUCACAUUGGAGAAGAGCUUCCCGUGGUUGUGAUGGGGCCUUUAAUGCUGAAUGCAGUCCUGCUUCUUUUGGUUUUGAUCAGAUGGGGCUGUCAGCUACUGUUUGCCUCCCGUCCUGAUGUCUUGUCAAAGUUAAUCAUUACCAUGGGACUAUGGACAAUUCUGGACCCAUUGGCAGUGUUUAUAGUGGAUACUCUCCUGGGGCGGCUUACAGAUAAUGAGGAGACUCCUGUGGCGGAUGCCGCGAAGCUCUACUGGAUGUUUGUAAGAACCAUGCAGCCAGGCAUUCUUGGCGUGGUGAUCACAGUGCUGCUUUACAUCCUCCUGUUCGUCAUUUCUUCUUUGAUUUUAUAUUUAUAUUGUCUUAGGUUGCACAAUGACUCUUGGAUAUUGGAUGCAUUUCAGCACAUCCACAGUGAAGAAACCAAGUUCUUCAUACCGUAUGACUUGGAGAUUUCCAAUCACGAGCUAAGUUAUAUAGUGAAACGAUCUGAGCAAUGGAGAGGAAUCAAUGGUGAAAGAAGAAAGCCUCAUGUCCUGUAUCCUCAUCCAACCGACCACUUCCCAGCCAGCAUGCGUCUUGCCACAAUAUGA